ACAAGGAAUUGGCUAAACGAAUGUGUAAAAAAGCAAAGAAGGUGGACAAAACUCCACAACAUGUGUCUUAUUGCACCUCUUCAGUUCUUAGACCUCUUGACAAUACAAUUUGUAUAAUAUAUCGAACAAAACUAGACCUACAAAAUAUACAAGCUCUAGAAACUUAA